UUAAAUAUUAAAUAUUGUGUUUAUUCACAUGCAGACUUCUCACUGACUUAUCCCUUACACAAGCCAAGUCUCCAUCAGGGAAAGCCACACAGCAAAGUGCACAAAAAUUGUCAUAUGGGAAAAAGCAAGUGUCCCAGCCACUCUUUUUUUGCUGGUUGAAACAAAACAUUAGAGAGCCAAAACCGCAUGAACUUACUGACCUUUGUGCCAUGACAGUUUCUGUAACUACUGAAUAGCAGGGAUGGGCUGAGAGCUAAGAGGAUUUGGGGGGGUUGGUCUACAGAGGGAGAUAAGGUCACAUAUAAGGCAGGUGCAGCAGAUUAGGGUUAACUGAAUUGGCUUUUUUUUUCCCUAGAGCACAGCUCAGUGAGUUUGGACCCUGGAACCAUGAGUGGGUGCCCCUUCACAGGGAACAAAUACUCAUAUAAAUUUGGCAACCUAUCUUUGAAAGAUGAGAAAGCUGAUGAAUCGCAAGAGGGAAUAAAUAAAGCCAGCAAAGGUGGACUUAUCUAUGGAGAUUACCUGCAAUUGAACAAAAUACUGAAUGCCCAAGAGCUACAGAGCGAAAAGAAAGGAAACAAGAUCCACGAUGAGCAUCUUUUUAUUGUGACACAUCAAGCUUAUGAACUUUGGUUUAAGCAGAUUCUGUGGGAGUUGGAUUCUGUUCGGGUGAUCUUUCAGAAUGGACAUGUAAGAGAUGAGAGGAACAUGCUGAAGGUUAUUACUCGAAUGAACAGAAUAUCAAUGAUUCUGAAACUACUUGUGGAACAGUUCUCAGUUUUGGAAACCAUGACUGCAUUGGACUUCUUUGAUUUCAGAGACUACUUAAGCCCGGCCUCAGGUUUUCAGAGCCUGCAAUUUCGUUUGCUAGAGAACAAGAUUGGUGUUCCCCAAAGCCUGAGGGUUCCCUAUAACAGAAGGCAUUAUCGUGAUAACUUCAAGGGAGAGGAUUAUGAACUACUGCUGAAAUCAGAGCAAGAACCAACGCUUCUGCAACUUGUGGAGGCAUGGCUGGAAAGAACUCCAGGACUUGAGGCAGAAGGAUUUGAUUUCUGGGGCCAAUUUGAAGUGAAUAUUUUAAAAGGACUAGAAGAGGAAUUUGCCAUAGUACAGGCCAAACCAGAAUCAGAAGAAAAAGAGGACUUGUUAUCUGAAUUUCAAAAGCAGAAAGAUAUAUUACUUUCAUUAUUUGAUGAAAAACGGCAUGAACACCUGCUUAGUAAAGGAGAAAGAAGACUGUCUUAUAAAGCUCUGAAGGGUGCCCUAAUGAUCUACUUCUACAGAGAGGAGCCCCGUUUUCAGGUUCCAUUUCAGCUUCUCACCUCUCUUAUGGAUAUUGACGUACUCAUGACAAAAUGGAGAUAUAACCAUGUCUGCAUGGUGCACAGAAUGAUUGGCAGUAAGGCUGGCACAGGAGGAUCAUCAGGCUACCAGUACUUGCGCUCAACAGUGAGUGACAGGUACAAGGUGUUUGUGGAUUUGUUCAAUCUUUCAACAUUUCUAGUGCCAAGACACUGGAUACCAAAGAUGAAUCCAACAAUUCAUAAAUUCCUUUAUACAGCAGAAUACUGUGACAGCUCCUAUUUUAGCAGUGAUGACUCUGACUGAACUAUCUAGACUGGCUGCUGCGAAGAACUUCAGAACAUUCACCCUGAAAUAUUCCUGAUACUAUUCCUGAACUAAAGCAACUGUUCUCAUCAGCAUGGGUGUGUAAAUAUUUAUUUAUGUAUGACAAAACUAGGUGAAUACUCCACCUAACAUAUUGAAUAAAUUUAAUUGUUUGUAGAAAAAGUAAUCUUGCACUGAUUCAGGCUCUAUUAAAGAAAAAAUCCAAUUCAAAUUAAUGGCUAGUUAAGUUGAAUGUUUGUAUCUGAAAAUCUUUACUUGCAGACAGGAAAAAAAUAAUACAGAUUAUUAUCAUCAUCACAUCUUAUAUGUACAUAUGUUUCUAUUUGUCAGUUUACCUAAUGGCUGUUACUAAUUUACUUUGAGUUGAAGAUGCAAUUAUUCUCAUCAGCUUAAGAUGAUAGAGAGCUGUAGAGUUCCAAAAGAAAUUUCAGGUUAAGAUCUUCAAAACAAAUAUCCUGAAUCUGUGGAAACCCAAGCCUCUGGAAUUUUCUUAAAGAAUAUAAAGGCCUUCAUUAGGAAUAUUUACUGUUAAGAACAGUAGAGAUAAAUGCCUACUUCACACUUCAAAUAAAGCAGUAUUCAAGUUAUUCUUUUGUUGUUUUCUUCUAAAACAAGCAUAACAUUCACACAACAAUAUGACAGCUGUUUAGAGUAUUUUUUUAAUCAAAAUAUCAUUGAAACAAGGAUAAAAUUGUUGCAUCAUAAAAGUGAGGUAACUUUGAUCACAGAAUAGAUAAAGCUUUGUUAUCUACUCAUUAGAUGGACUGUUACUAAAUGCUUCUCUGGAAAAUACAUUUUCUGCAGGCCUACAUUUCUGGAGAAGAGUUCUGUAUCUUUGUGCUCUAGUCAGGCUUGUUUGUACCGCUUCAGAAGCAUAGCUGGACCUUCAAUGUUUGAUACUGCUAUAAAAACACACUGCUCUUAUGGCAAUUGAGAAUUUAGCUGUUCUUAUCCCAUCAGGAAAGUGUGCUAUUUGUUGCCUGUAAUCUGCUAAGGGUAUGGCCUGACUACACAAAAUGCUUCCCCUUUUGUUAUUCUGAAGUUUAAGCCUGUUAGAGACAGGAACAGAACCUGACAUUUAGCACACAGGUCUUUUUUUCCCCCCCACUUAAAAUACUGACUCUUAGAAAGAGAAGGACUAAGGUGACAAUACAAGAGACAAUGAUGAACAUUCGUGGCAUCUUUGAAGAGCUCUGAAGUUCUAGCUACCCAUGAAAGGAAAAGAACUGAAAUAGAAGGACUAUAGCAUUACAGAAACCGUGGCUGCUCAGGAGAUUGCUUUAUGGCUAUUUGUCAUGGUUUUGUGAUUUUUGGUUUUCGGUAUUCUACAUCAUAACAUCAUGUGGGGCAGUGGGAGUUUAACU